ACAUGGGCAGCUUAUCUUUAUAACACUGCAAAAUCAAACCCAUUAUAUUUUAUCCCUGGCACUAAUAAUUAAUACCGCCUUAUAAAUAGUAAUUUACACUAGCAGACAACUAGAAAUACCCGAAAACAAAAUAGACCAAACACACAUUAACGAAUCAUGUUUUCACUUUUACAUUUUCAUGUAAGGAGUAAGCUAGAUGUUGCUAGCUGACAUCUUGGUGAGAUAAAUCAAACCCGGUUGUUUUUAGUUUACAACUCGCAGAUCCAAGCUCGGAGACAAGCUGCGGUAUUAUUUGUAGCCGGGGGUUUGGAGCUUCGUGUUUGGGAUUUUGGUGGAGCAGAGACGACGCCCGACUGCUAGAUUAGCCAGAAGCCGCCGCCAUUAAAAGCCGACGCCAGCUAGCUGUUAGCACCAGCAAAGGCCUGAAGGUUGGACAAUUUCAGCUGCUUCAAGUGCUGACUGAUGCAUUCACUGGCACAGGAAAUCCAGGGCUUUUCUAAAGACCGCCUGAAAAAACAAUGCACCCAUGUGACCACAGUGACAGGCAAGAAGCUGCUUGAGAGGAGGAGCAACGAAGAAGGACAGGUGGAGCAGGUCAAGGAGCUGGAGGGAAGUGGAUGUGGAUUUGUAGAAGAUACGAGUCUGGAUCUUCAAGUUGGAGUGGUCAGACCCUUCCUUCUGCUGGCCUCUCAGGAUGCAGCCCACGACAUUGACACCCUCCGGAGAUACAAGGUGUCGCAUGUCCUAAAUGUGGCCCAUGGAGUCCCUAACCUGUUUCCAGAUCAGAUGGUCUAUAAAACGCUUCAGAUCCUGGACCUCCCAGACACACAGAUCACACCAUACCUCGAGGAGUGCAGCUCCUUCAUAUAUCAGGCCAGAGAACAGGAUGGUGUGGUUCUGGUCCACUGUAAUGCUGGUGUGUCACGCUCUUCCUCCAUUGUUAUUGGCUACCUGAUGUUGAAGGAGGGGCUUCCGUUUGAUGAUGCGUACAGUCAGGUGAAGCUGGCACGACCAUCGAUUCGACCAAACCCUGGCUUCUAUCAGCAGUUGCAGAACUAUACACCUUAAUGGACUGCAAAUGAAAAUACAUAGCAAAGUAAAUGUAUAAAAUGUGACAAAAGGACAUCCUUAGUUCCUGAAAGGAGGUUUCAGUGGUCUCUUGAAUCAGAAACAGAAUCUGGACCAUGAACAAGAUCAUUUUAUGUGUUAUCUUUUCAUUUUGGCAUCUUUUCUUCAAGGGAUCCUUGAUGUUGAACUUGGAGUCAGGAUGCUUACCAUUGGUUAUGUUGUGUUACCUGAUUCAGAGCGAGGUCCAGAUCAAAUAAAACUGAACUCAUCAAUAAUGAGAAAAUGCGUAGUUUCACCGUUGAUCUCUGGAAGUAGUCGUUGUUGAAAAUGAAUAAAAAGGUGUUCUGUUGUUGAAAAGUUUGAUGGCUUUGUAACUACCAUAAAAAUGUGUCUAAAGUACAUAGAGCACGGUCUAGUGACUUUGGGGGACACCAUAUCAGACGUCAUGUUUCCUUCUGGCCAGCUCGGGGUCCUUCGCCUGUCGAUGACAUCACACUAGUUGAUUGGGUGGAUGCACAAUUUAUGGAAAUUAUGUUACCAUGUUCAAAGAAUGUUUGCAACAUUGUGGAGUACUUAUGACGCGGAACGACAUCACGGCACAAACCCAACCACAGUUUUGAUAACGUUAAAGUACUAUUGAUAUUAAAAUAUUCAAAUAAAAGCAUACUUACCCAUUUUUAAUGAAUUUGAGUCUCACAAAACACGAUGGCAAGUCUGAUCACAAAUAAACAAUAGAGUCACUUCCCGCUUCUUGUUCUCAAGUACCGAGUGAUGUUGUGACUAUCGCGCGACUUUACAAGAAGUGCUCAGCGGCGCGGCGUGUCCUGUGUGACAUAUUGACUUCUUGCGCCUGACCCCUUCUUUCCACCGGAGCCGUCAGCAGCACGUUACUGCAGCAGCACGUCAUAGCUGCUGAUAAGAACCGCUGUGGUCAACAGAACCUUUUCCACCGGAGCCGUCAGCAGCGCGAGUCGGCCGCGUCUCAGGAGCAGCAUGUCGCGGCCUUUACGCACCGGUUCUAUUUUCUACGCGCAACGCCUCUGAAACGGGUCAAGUUCGACAUUUUUGGGGAAGGAAAGACAGGAAAUUGGAACACGGAAACGGAGCGAAGCUCCCGAGAUUUUCAGAAUAAAGAAAUGUACUGCCUUCCGGUUGCUUUACUUAAAAAAAGUUACUAAAUGUGCAUCCCCGUGAGAAGUUAUCACCUAGCUAGCAGUCUCAUUUGUUUUUCAGGUCCGUACUGGCGAUUAUAAAACGGACGGAACAUAAAACACAAACCUUUUGGAGCCAUGUUGUAGCUUUCUCCUGCUUGUUGUUGUGUUUACUGACGAAGUCACUCGUGUGACUUCGUGCUCGGUCGGUGACAGCUGCUCCCCUGCUGCUUCGCGUCUCGUGGGAAGGAACAAGCAGCAGCUUACGCGAGCAAGACGUGCUGCUGCAGUAACGUGCUGCUGACGGCUCCGGUGGAAAGAAGGUGUAACUCUGUCUCCAGUGUGCCCCAGCCUUCAGCAAACUAUGAGUUCAGCACCAUUUAAUUGUCAUGAACACGUACAAGAGCUUGCAUUUUAACAGAAUUCACUUAGCACAACUUACCUGCAGGGACUAACAGGGGCUAACGUGGCAUCAUGGUCCAGUCUUGCUGCCUUCUUUGCCUUCUGGAGUUCCAGCACUAAUCCUUAAGCCUGGUUUAUGCUUCUCCAUCAGCUCUGCAAGGGACAGACACGCACGGAUUGACGGAAGCGUUUUGCUCUUUUGCUUCUCCGUCUCCUGGAGAGUGUUGCAAAGCAAUUGCCCGGCAGGACCACAGAGGGUGUAGCGCUGUUCUGUGGUAUCAUGUCAUGUAUCGGUCCAAGACAGUGUGUUUAUAUUGUGUUUUUUGUGUAUAUAAGAGAUUUUUAACACGGACAUAUUUGUCUCUCAUUCUCCCACCUCUUCAUGCGCUCCCCACCUCUAAACCCACGUUUCCUGUCAUUUCCGUCCACAAAUAAAACUCUUGCUGCGCAUCUUUUCACUCCUCCAGUCACGGGAGAAUGAAACAUUCAUAUUUUUAGAGUUUUUUUGCGAGGCAUUCUUAAAGCUUCUCCGUGUCUGCCGCUAGUUAUCCUCGGCUCUCUUUGCAAUGGCGGCGCUGUAAACAACAGCAGUGUCCUGACCAAUCACAAGCUUGCGUAACCCGUUUCGUUCGACAGAUGUUUAAAAAAGUGGGCUCGACUCCGUACGUACUUGCGUUCCUGCCGGAUCCCUACGCAAGGACGGAUAAUGGCGUUGCGUGUGCUCCGCACUGACACAGACGGAGAAGCAUAAAUCAGGUUUUAGCCGUGAACUGUCUGCUGCAGACUUAAGUACUUCCCCUUUGGUUAACAAAAUUGAGCCCCUCCUCAUGCUUGAUUGCCCCUAGACAAUUUUGUCUUGCAACAGAUGUUGUAAACAAAUGGAAAUGGAGGAAAGGCUGCUUCAGUGCAUAAGAAAAACAGCCUUUUACACCGCAAUAACACUGCAAUUACAUUUGUUUUCCUGGCCGUAUUUCCAGGUAAAAAACCAGGAAGUGAGAAAACGGUCUAUAUAGUUUGGCAGAGUGGUACUGCCAUGUGAUGACGUCAUCGGCAGGGGCAGGACCCCGAGCAGAUCCAAAAACUACAACGCCAGAAAACUAGCAUCGGUAUUGCAUUCUCUCAAUGGAAUUAACUGAAGGACCAUCAAAGACUGAGGAGCCACGCUGAGGUUGCCUGUUUCUGCUCCACAGGUAACAACAUUUACUGUAACGGUUUUUUAAACUAGUGACAGUCAUGGAGAUAUAGUGUAAAACUACCCUGAAAUGUGUGUACUGCACCCUAGUUCCAGGAAACUACACACUGUUACUUUAAAUAAAUGUCCCAGGUAUAAAAACAAGGUUCAUCAGAUCUUUUUUAUUACUAAAUCAGCUAAAAAUAUAACAUUACAUCCAGUGUUGUUUUCUGAAUAUGCUGCUGACCUACAAAAACCCUCCUAGUUUUUCAAGUUGAAACUGGAACACAGUUUCUAUUCCCAGUUCUAUUUUCCAACUGAAGUUUAUAAUCUUCUGACGGUAUUGUGGUGUAAGUGGUUCACUCUGCAUUAGCAAAUCCAUUGUUUAUGGAUAAUUUAGAAAAAUACAACUGUAUAAAAUUAACAUUUUGAUUUUCUGUCAAGAAUGUCUGAAUUUGGGAGUGUCUGUUGGAUUUUAAAAACACAAAUUGUUUGUGUUGUUUGUGUUUUUAUAAAAGAAGCAUGAGUUCAGCUUCACAAAUGGAGACAGCCUGUUCUAAUGAGCAUCAUCACUGCUGUGUGACUUUCACAGCUGUGUUAAGCUGACGCAGUUUCAGGAGAACACUCACGCUAAUUACUUGGUAAUUAACUAGUUAAAUAAUGAGUGAGAUUACAGUUGUUUCAAACUCAAAACAACAAAUAAAGCUGGGAUGAGCUCCUCUGA